AUGAUGGCCCAAAUGGCCAAACAGCUUGAGCAACUCGGUACUCACAAUAAAAUGCUUGAAACUCAAGUCGCUCAAUUAGCUGCAUCUAGCUCCUCUAGACAAGCAGGAGCAUUGCCCGGCCAACCCACUCAACCACAUGGCAAAGAGACCGCCAAUGCAAUCACUACAAGGAGCGGGUUGAGUUAUGAUGAGCCACCCAUGCCUCGCAAUGAAGAGUCAAAUUCGAAAGAUGUGGGCAUUCCUAAAAUGGUUAUUGAUGAAGCACCUUCUGAGGCAGUGCACGAGAAAGAGAAAGCAAAAGAAGAGGCAUUGCAAGUGCCGCCCAUCACACUUCCUUUCACCAACCGCCAAUUGAAGAACAAACUUGACAAGCAGUUCGGAAAAAAGCUUUUAGUGAGGUGGAAACGGGCAUUUACUGAACAAUGUAGUGCUUUGCUACAAAACAAAUCCCUUCCAAAACUGAAAGAUCCUGGUAGUUUCUCCAUCCGCUGUCACAUUGGGACACUGUUUAUUGAUAAAGCUUUAUGUGAUUUAGGAGCUAGUGUCAGUGUAAUGCCUUUUUCUGUCUGUUCUAAACUUAAAAUGGGAGAUCUGAAAGUUACCAAUAUUACUUUACAAAUGGCCGACCGUUCUGUUAAAUAUCCUUUGGGUAUUUUAGAGGACAUCCCUGUUAGGGUAGGUAAGUUUUAUAUCCCUGUUGAUUUUGUUGUUCUUGAUAUGGAGGAAGAUCGACAAAUUUCUAUUAUUUUAGGAAGACCUUUCCUUCAUACGGCAGGAGCAGUUAUUGAUGUGAAAAUGGUAGACUUACACUUUUUGUGGGGGAUGACAAUAUAA